AUUAGCUCAAUUGAAGGAGGAGCUAGUUCCACUGAUUGGUGUACCGCCUACUGGUUUUAGAGUGUAUGAAAUCAGAGAUAAUAAUAAAGAACAUGAGCUGGAGAGACUGGAUGAGAUAUUAAAAUCUGGAUCAAAGUUGAUAAUAAGACUGGGUAGAGCAUCUAGAAGAGGAGAGUACAGAAUUAAAUUAUAUUUAUUACAAGUUAACAAUACAGAGUUUUGUAAUUUUAUGAUGGAGUCUAUUGUUGCUAAGGCUAAACCAGUGAGAGAAUUUAAGAAACAAAUUAUUGAAGAAGCAAAAGUACAAGGAAUUGACUGUGUCCUUGAAUUAGACAAAAUGAGAUUACGUAAGAAGAGAGGAGUGUUGCCUCGUUCAGCAUAUCUUGAUGGUGACUAGAUUAAUACUAGUAAUGAAAUGUAUGUGGAACAAUUGAAAGGACCAGAGAAGCAUGAAGCACAGAUACAGGUGUAUGUUAUAAGAUGGCGUCCAUCACAAUGUUCAGUUGAUCCAAUAGAAGAAAUUAUACUGGAUAAUGAUGAUCCUAAACAUGCUAUUGAAAAGCUUUCAGAGUUAAGUGGAGUUCCUGUUGAGUAUAUCUCUUAUACACAGGGAAGAUUAUUUCCAGUUCAGAUAUCAUGUCUUGAUAUUGAGAAUAAGUUAGAAUGGUACAUCACUUCAGACAGACUAUACUCAUUAGGACUAUAUGGUGAUGGAGAUGUCAUAUAUUACAAAGACAAUAGAGAGAGAAUGAAAGAGUUAACAGAUAAAGAGAGAUCAGAAAUACAAGAGGCAGAGGAAGCAAGGUCAGUAAACCUCAUGUUUCAUCAUGUACAUGUACUAUCAGUUAAUUAA